GGGGAAAAAAAAAUCAAAUAAACAAAAACUAAGUUUUGCUCCUCGCCGGACGUGAGCGCCGCCGCCGCCGGCUCUCUCCCCGGGCGCCGGUCGUCGUCGCCUCGCUCCCCCCUUCACGCCCCCUCCCUUACCGCCGGCUCUCUCCGUCGUGUUGGGACACUCGCUCCACCGUCCGUUGGCUGUCCCCCUGGUCGAGCUCGCCGUUUCAGUACCCUCGGCCUGAACCGCGCGAGCGCGGGCGCUGCGGAUAUCGCCGGAGAUGUCGUCAGUGCUCAACAAGCUCAACAACGCCGCCGAGAGGGAGUCGUCGGAGUCGCAAGCCCUCAUCGCUGAAAUCCGCAAGGCGAUCGGCGAAAUCAGGAAUGUCGCCGUCGAUUACGAGAAAGACGGCAAGUCCGACAAGGUGAAGAAGCUUGAGGAGGCGGCGCUGGAACUGGUUGCUUCGUACGUGGAUUGCACGUGCUACGCCGAGGCGAUCCGGGAGGUGCCUCGGGCGUACCAGCCAUCUAAUCAGAGUACGGAUUUCGAAAAGUUGAUCGAGGCGGAGGUUAACAAGGUCAAGGCGGACUCAUCAACAUCAGUAGAGAACCAUCCCCUCAUUCGGCAGUUCAGGGAGGCAGUUUGGAAUGUUCACCAUGCUGGCCAACCAAUGCCUGGUGAUGAACAAGAGGAUAUUCUGAUGACUAGUACCCAAACUAGCAUCUUAAAUGUCACAUGCCCAUUAACUGGGAAGCCUGUAAUUGAAUUGACAGAACCAGUUCGUUGUGUGGAUUGCAAGCACAUAUAUGAAAAGGUUCCAAUCAUGCAUUACAUAAAACACCAAAGGCCUCCGAAGUGCCCUAUCGCAGGUUGCCCAAGAGUCUUACAAGUAGGAAGGGUUAUCUGUGAUGCGCUGCUCCAAGUUGAAAUAGAAGAAUUACGUUCGUCAGGGCCUUCUGCUCCAAACGCUGAAAAUAUAGAGGAUUUAGCUGAUGAUGAGGAUGACGAAGAUGAAUGAAGUUCUAGAAAAGUAAAGAAAAAAAAAGAUGAACCUUGUAGGUAUUUUGUUCGAGGGCGGGCGCUGGUGAUGUGCAGACUGUCCUUUUGGAUUAUUGUAGCUAGUGACAAAUUUAAACUUGUGCUUGUGUUGUUGGUGUCUUUUCUGGGGAACAUUGCUGCUAUGUCCAUUAACCGGGUGAAAUAUAGGGGAGGGUGAUCAUCCAGCCCCGCUUAGCACCUGUUCCUUUUAACCCUCUGAGUGCACUGGGCAUACUUUGUGAAAUGGGCAGAAGAGCAAGGUCCAAUAUGCGCAGGCUUGAGAACCGCUUCGUACUUCAGGUUUCACUGGGAGGACUGGAGCGAUGAAAAUCAAACAGGGUGUGGACGAGGUGGCGGCAGACCCGACGCAGAGGAGACAACGACGCACCUGGCAUAGAGGCGACGACGGAUGACCAGGUCGUGAAAGAGGCAGUGGCGAACCUGGUGUAUCACAAAAUCUAUUUGGUUUUGACAAAUUGUGGUUUAUCCUUUUCGUAGAAGUACAUUCUACGUUCCCAGCUCCCAAUCUCUAUAGUUGUAUUUUUAUCCAUGCUUGAAAUUAUAUUGGCUACUGCUUGUACGUGG